GUACAUGAUACAGUUUAUACAAUAUACAAACAGAAUCCCAAAAAGACGCAUUGCCCGUAUACAUUUCUUUUCCACUGUCAGGUGACGGCUUACAAAUUAAAAUCAUUCCGUUUGAAAUCAUAUUUUCCUAUUACAGUUAUUCAUUUUAGUUUUACGUAUUGUUUAUUUUCCAUUUUGCAAUCAUGGACAAUAUCACCAAAAACUUGAAUAACACAAGUAUAGAUUCUGGCAAGAAUAAUUACUCAACUGAAGUACAGAAUAGCACUGCCAGUGAUGAAGAUAAAGAAUUGGCACCAUCUGAAAAAUCAUUGUUACAAAAGAUUGUACGUACAGGUCUCAUAACAUCUAAACAUGAUAUUGAAGUGCAAAGACGUGACCCAAAAUCACCACUGUAUUCAGUCAAGUCGUUUGAACUGCUUAAACUUCAUCCAAACUUGCUUAGAGGAGUUUAUGAAAUGGGAUAUAAUGCACCAUCCAAAAUACAAGAAACAGCUUUGCCUUUGCUUUUAGCCAACCCUCCUCAGAAUUUGAUUGCUCAAUCACAGUCUGGUACUGGAAAAACAGCAGCUUUCGUUUUGGCUAUGUUAAGUAGAGUUGAUCCAGAAUUACAAUAUCCACAAGUAGUUUGUUUAUCUCCUACUUAUGAAUUAGCUAUUCAAACUGGAGAAGUUGCGGCAAAAAUGUCGACCUACUGUCCUAAUAUCAGGCUUAGAUAUGCUGUUCGUGGUGAAGAUGUUGAAAAAGGUUCAAAAAUAGAAGAGCAAAUAAUUGUUGGCACUCCUGGUAAAGUUCUAGAUUGGGCAACUAAGUAUAAAUUUUUUGACCCGAAAAAUAUUAAAGUAUUUGUCUUGGAUGAAGCUGAUAUUAUGGUUGAUACUCAAGGUCAUCAAGAUCAAAGUUUCCGUAUUAGAAAGUUACUUCCAGAAACUUGUCAGAUGAUGUUCUUUUCUGCUACAUACACAGAAGAUGUAAUGAGAUUUGCUAAUGCUAUUGCACCUAUGUCAGUCAUUAUAAGAUUAAAACGUGAAGAAGAGACUUUAGAUAAUAUUAGACAAUAUUAUGUUAACUGCAACAACAAAGAAGAUAAAUAUAAUGCAUUAGUUAAUAUUUAUGGAGGUGUUACAAUUGGACAAGCAAUGAUUUUUUGUCAGACAAAGAAAAUGGCUCUAUGGUUAGUGAAUCAAAUGACAGAACAUGGACAUGCUGUAGCUCUAUUAUCUGGUGAACUUACUGUUCAACAAAGAAUAUCAGUCUUAGAUAGUUUUCGUGAAGGAAAAGAAAAAGUCCUCAUCACAACAAAUGUUUUAUCUAGAGGUAUUGAUAUUGAACAAGUGACAAUUGUUAUUAAUUUUGAUUUGCCUGUGACAGUUACUCGUGAGCCAGAUUAUGAUACAUACUUACACAGAAUUGGACGUACUGGACGUUUUGGUAAAAAAGGUAUUGCUAUUAACCUCGUUAGCGGUAGUAGUGAUCAUGCUAUAUUGAAACAAAUAGAAGAACAUUUUUGUAAGCCAAUUGAAUGUUUAAACACUGAUAAUGCUGAUGAUAUGGAAAAAUUAGGAGCUGAAGAUUAAUAUUGUACAAUUAUACUAUUGUAAAACAUAUAUGUAAAUUAUGUUUAUAUCUUAAAAAAUUACUA